UACAGGCAAGGAGCACAGUGUGUUCUGUGCCAUUGCUAGUCUAUUUCAAGGGCAAAUUCACAUCACUAAACAUUUUUCAAAGGAAAAAAAGCAACUAUUUUAUACUCGGGCAAAGGGGAUUUGUUAAUUCUGCAGGUGGGCUUAUUCAAACUUGGACAGCACCUGCUUUUUCAUAUAUUCUGCCUGGCUUGUGUUUGUCGGUCCACAACAGCAAGACUCCAGGGUUAUCAAGCGGGAAUGGUGGAUCACUUUCUGCUUGCAGAGGAGACUUUUCCCCCCACUGGAUCUCCAGCGGGCUACUUGUGUGACAUGGUGACUGAUGCUGGCACGUAUCAGAUGCUGCCCUCCCCCUUCUCCGAGGAUGAGUUGAGUGACUCUUCAAGCUUUGGGUCCUGCUCCAGCCCUGAUUCUCGGGUACUCAGCUCCAGCUGUGAGAGUAACUCAAGUCCUGAAAGUCAAGACAGCAUCUUAGACUACCUUCUGUCCCAGGCCACCUUGGGGAAUGUCCAAGGGUCUUUGUGGGACAGGAAGGAAUCUCAUCCAUUGGUGAAGGAAGAGAGCUUUGAUUUUCCGAUUUUCUCUGUGGACAUGGAUGAAUCUGGACCAUUUCAGCCCACCCUGGAAGAGAUUGAAGAGUUCCUGGAAGAAAACAUGGAGAUGGCACUCAAGGAAGAGGCUACCGACCAGGUCAUCUGUACAAAAAGUGGCAACCAAACAUCAUCUGUAGGGCAGCUGAGAGACCAAACUGUACCAUGUGUGAGUGUCUGUGAAACCAAAAGCGACCAGUCAGGCGACACCACGAAAAAGGAAGAGGUCUCAAAACAGACUGCUGACAGCGGGGUCCCAGUCAUUCUUCAGAUUCAGCCCAUCCAAAUUAAGCAAGAACAAAGCCCAACUGUGGCAUCACAACCUCCGCAGCCAGACGUUAAAAUCGCCCAGCUGCUGGUCAACAUCCAGGGACAGACCUUUGCUCUUGUGCCCCAGCUGGUGCAGUCCACAAACCUAAACUUGUCACCCAAGUUUGUCCGUAUUGCCCCGGUUCCCAUUGCAGCAAAGCCUAUGGGAGCAGGAGAUGGUUGUCAGGGCCAGGUUGGGAUCCUCAUGGGCCAGAGGUUUCAGAAGAACCCAGCAGCGGAACUUAUUAAAAUGCACAAAUGUACUUUCCUAGGGUGUACCAAGAUGUACACCAAGAGCAGCCAUCUGAAGGCUCACCUGCGAAGGCAUACAGGAGAGAAGCCCUUUGCAUGCACUUGGCCAGGCUGUGGAUGGAGGUUUUCCAGAUCGGAUGAGCUCUCCAGACACCGACGCUCACACUCUGGAGUCAAGCCUUAUCAGUGCCCAGUCUGCGAGAAAAAAUUUGCCCGCAGCGACCACCUGUCCAAACACAUCAAAGUCCAUCGCUUUCCACGAAGUAACCGAACUGUACGCACAACAAACUGACCCAGCGUACCUGUGUGUUUGUGUUUCUGUCUUUUACAAUGGACAGCAUCCAAGGAGAAAGAGAGAGGAACAGAAAGCACUUCUUUGUGGUACUGUGAUCAUUUAUUGUCCAACAAGCAAAAAAUACUUGAUGCCAUGUUUGCGUGAAUGUUUCUGAACA